CACUACCCUUCACACCCAUUUCCUCUGUUUGGUGGAUUGGUGGAUUGGUUGAUCGAUUGAUUGCCUUCUGCGUUCUAUUCCUACAGAGGAUUGGUUAUAAUCGCCCAACGAGUGCUGUCGCUAUCGUCGUUCGACUACCGAUAGUCUCUUUUCCUCGCUUGAACGAAGCGCACUUUCAUUGCUUGAUACAUUGAAAAGUCGCAAUCCCGCUUUGUGCGUCGGUUGAAACGAGCGCUUCGUGAUUAGGGGUGACGAUGAAAGAGUUGGAGGACAACGUGCCGAUUGUUGUGUUGGAGGAUCCAACGUUUGGCUUAUUGUCGUCUUUCCUGCGUUUGCGAUGGUGUUGGCCCGGCAACGAAGAAUUUGGACCGGAACGACCUCUCCGAACGACAUCGAUCAGUCACGACCUCGAUGCCAUAGUCUUUUCGAGUCGGGAACACGGAUCGGAGUCGCGCAACGACGAUUGCUACCGGAAUUCGAGCGUUACGAGCUCGACCUCGAACACACACUUUCAACGCAUUCACAGUAGUCCUACGCAAACCAGUCGCCGUUCGUUUUCCGCUUCACCGCAACGCGAACAAUAUCAGCGAACGAAACAGGUGCACCCAUACCCAACCAAUAACGAGUCGGAGGGCCUUUUCAUUCCUUCCCCUCUACACUCCACCAUGUCUCCAAUCAUGCUCAAGUCAAUACGACGAGCGCAAUCCGUGGAUACGGCCGCGGAUGUCAACAUUCCGAAAGACCCUUCCGCUCGGAAGACAUUGACAUCCUCUUCGGUAGUAGGUACUCACAGUCAGCGUGCAAACAACAAGGUAAUCAUGUCGGAUCGACCGCGACGAAUACAACGAACCGCUACCGCACCGGGAAGCUCGCUCACGUCACAAGGUACCGCCUUGCCAAGUACACUGCCGUUGCAGCAGACACGACCCCCCUUGCCUCGCAACAGUACCGUAACAACGAAUACCGCCGGUCAUUCGAAUCCAGUCGUUGCUGCGAGGUGCAGGUUGCCUUCCGAAUUCUCCAAAGCCAGUAUGAAUACUACCAAUAGUCUCCACCGCCGGCAAGCCCACGAAUCGUUUCAGUUCUCGGUCUCGACAAUUCACCUCAUCAUGGAACCAGCAAAACCCGAACUCCCACCGGUCUUUAUCGACUUUGAUGGAGUAAGUCCAAAUCUUUGUGAAUUGGAUCGCUGUGCGACUUUUAGUACCUUUGGAGAUGAGGACGAUCCGCAGAACGACGAAUCUAGUUUGUUGCUAUCCACGGACGAAGAAGCCGAGGCGGACGAACGCCAACGCGAGUCGGGAUACAUUUCCCCAUCGGAAGACGAACUUUCACCCAAAACAGUCAUAUCGGGUCCCCCCCCACCGGAAUCUUGGAUGCUGAAUUGGGCAGAACAAAAGAAUUCCCAAUUGUCGGAAUUAUCCAGCCUGCCCGAACCCGUUACUAAAUCUGCACACAAUGGACCGGUAUACUUACCGCACAAUGAUGCUUUGGAUUCGGUGGAAUCCUCCAGUAUUCUUGUUUCGGGAUGGGCAGCCAUUUCCUUGUCGGACAGCCUCCGUACUAAACUGGCUACCGCGGAACGACGACCUAGUCUGGAACGCUCAGAGAUCCAGUAUUUUCAGUUGUGCCGACAGUCGGACAAAACCCAUUGUCUCAAAAUUCACGGUGACGAUGAGUACCUUCAAACUAUUCAACUUUCGCCGUCGUGUCAAGUCAUUUCGCAGGAAGUUUGCAGUCGUUCCGGUAAGCUUGUUCUUGUCCAAGAUGCCUGGACGCGCCGGGUACUGUGCUCCAUCCUUCCGGUUUCUUUGCCUCCCCACUUUUUCACCAACGAUGGGUCGUUAGUGCCACAGCGGCACUUUUCCAUGCUGGCUUCCACCGCUUUUACACCCUUUUACAACGGAACGUACGGGUCCGCCAACACACAAGACAUGGAAUGGGGGGAAGACCUGUGCCUACGCAAAUACGCGCCGGACGAACAGCACGACGCAGCCACGCACGUCCUGUUUGCCUUGGACGCGGCCAUUCGACAGCAACGCAGCUCGUCUGGUCAGCGCUGAAGAUAGCAAGAUUGACUGUCAUCUUACUCUCUUGCGAACGGGGAAUCGCAAGAACCAUGCCUACAAUAUCCAUCACACACAAAAGAUGAACGUCUUUUCAAAGUAAACUAGUACAAAUAAAACUUUAGAAAGAUCUAUAAUCACUU